AUGCAACCGAGCAAGGUACACUUCUGUACCGCCUCAGUGCGUCCGUGGGUGUCGGAGUAUCUGGCACGCAUGGGCGUUGCCCCCGCGAACACCGCUUCUGCGCGCCCACACAGGGACUCAGCGCUCAAGGCGCAGCAAGCUGAUCGCGCGGAAAGCGAGCUAGUUGCAGCACCGGAGCAAUACAGAGAGGCGCGCAGGCAGCUCCUAGGGGCGCUUCACGUGCAACCGUUUUCGUACGCAAACGUGGUUGCACGUGCACGCGGCCUCUCUCAGACGCAACCCGAAGACACCUUUGCCCUCCGUGGGCUUUGCAGCACUGACUACGACUCCCUUGAUGAGAACUGCAUGCUCGAACCUGCUGCACGACAGUCGGCGGGUUGCACAGGUGAGGCCGACGCGCCGCCCUCAGCGCCUGCGUCUGCCGAUGCGGUAUCGGCUGAUGCCGGUCCUGCCCAGGCAUUGUCUUCGCCUGCCACUUGUGUUGCUUCCGCUGCUGGUGCCCCGGCAGCGGCGGUGGCACGUUGGCCGACGGUGUCGCAGAUGACGAGGGCAAUAGAGCGCCGCAUCAUGGACCACCGGCGUCUGUGGCGUGCUGCCAACCGGCUGGCCAGCGACCGCUUGGGGUCAGGUGAAAUGUGUUGUGCUUUGACCUCUCCCACGAGCACAGCACAGUCGCCGUCUACUUCGUUCUUCUUCGGGAGCUCGCUUCCGUUUCUGCUCGCGACGAUACCGCACACGCUCAUCUCUGCAAUCGCCGAGCAUGCCAUCCUUCACGCUUGGUACGGCGGACCACACGUCUACCCCGAUGCCAAAUUGCCUUGCCCCACUGCCACCUUUGUCUUCAAAGACAGCCCCCUACUGCGUGUGGAUGACGUGACAAGCCUCCAGUGGGACCGCGCGCAGGCGGCAAACUUUCUCGUCGCUGUUCUGCGGCAGCCCGCGGUUCAGAAGGAGCUGCGCCAGCGCCUGUGGAGCGCCGUGCAGAACUGCCACCGCGGUGUUCUCCGAAAGCUCGAGUCGCUUGCAGUGCAGAAGGACGUGGAGGGAGCCUCCAAGGAGGCCGCUGCUGAUCGCCUCAUUCUGCUUGACCAGGAGCCAGGCAUGCCUUCACCGCCUUCGUUGUCUCUCCGUGAGGUGCGAGACGACUUGUUUAGCUUCGAUGAGCUCCUGUACUUCGUGCGCGUCUCCCCCUCAACGUCGUCGACCUCUCGCCAGCAGCGAGUAGAAUGUGAGUCUCUUCGGUCGACGCAUCUCUUCCGCUUCGUCACGAGUCGCGCUGACGUUGCAGCGGCGCUCAGAGAUCGGCCGCGUUCGAACGUCUCUGACUUGCUUUUCUGCGUUUCACUGCGGAACGGGGACACGAGCGCAAAGGCGAGCUCGGCGCCGGUGUCGCUCUCCACGCGAGACAAGCUGUGGCUGCUCUUGAGUGAGAUGGUGCGGCUGCGGUACCUCGUUGCAUACCUGUUGAACUUUGAAGUAAUGCUUCACCGCGUGCGCAACAGCACCAGGCAUUCGCAGCGCGGGCAAUCAACAUCAAAGGAAGUGGACAGUGCUGGUUUCCCGGGUAACAGUAGCUCCGAGCAGGCGGAUGCGCAGGAUGCAGAGAACGCCAAGUGCAUUGCAGCUGUCUUCCGCUUCCUCGACAUCCGGCUACACACACGGUUGGCCGUUAGCCCGCACCACCGCCGCUUCUUGCGUCAUGCGCGGGUGCGUCACUGUGAACGGUCCGCGACUCCAGAACCGCCAGACCGGGCGACCGCCGCCCAUGAGGCCACCGAUGCCGACACGAGUGUCAGACACGAGGCCCGACGAUACGCAACGGUCCAGGAGUUAUUCAGCGCCUUCUCGAAGGCUCUCGAAGAAUCGACGACGCCACCGUCGCAACUGCCGGCCACCGUCGCAUCUUUCACGUCGUUGGCAAAAAGUCCCGGCGAAGGGCAAGGGGCCGCAGAAAACGGCAUAGAAGCGAUGAGCAAGAGGCCAGACCACAUGCGUGGCAGGAGUGCUCGACAGAACGUAGUACAAGCAAGAGCAACCUCAGACGGACCAUCGUCACUUUCCGACACAGACGACGAAUUCCUCAAGGCCAUUGUGUCGGCAACGCGUCAGGAUCAGCCACCGGAUUCGACCGUGCAAAGCACCCCAAUGAGAGCCACCCACCGCGGCGGUGUGAAGUCUCCGUCUGCUAACCCCGGCGAGCUUCCGUGCAGCCGCGGCCUACCGGGCAGGCGCUGCCUCACUGCUGAGAGGUCAACGACAUGUCUCCCGCAAUCGAGGCGAGCCGCCGAAGAUCCGCAUCCGUUUGUGGACGUUGUGUUUGAACGCAAGAGCAACAGGUCCAAGUGGCCCUUUCAGGCACUACGGGCUCGCACGAACGCAUCCAACUUCAAGGUUCGCUUUGGCGGCUCUCACGACGCCAGCAGCCAUGCAGCUGUGAUUUGUUUCCAGCUUUCAUGCACACGGGAAGAGAGGGAAAAGGCGGAAAUUGCACCGCUAUCGGGAAAGUCGGCUGCGGACUUGCUGCAGCAGUAUCCGUACGUGACGCACGUGAACGGUAUCUCUGCCAGAAAGGUGGAGCUUGUGGUACGGCUUUUUCGCUCCGCUCAUGUGCUGAAGCUGCGACUCGCCAGGAGACCGCCGGACCGGUGA